AUGAAUGUGGUCUUUUACUGCAGCGUGAGGCUGAAAUACAGAAGUUACUGUUUAGAGCUUCAGCCUCCACCAAACCAAACGUUAUCGUCCACGUCUUUAUCUUCAACUACACCUUCAUUAUCAUCUUCAACUACACCUUCAUCAUCUUCGUCUUUAACCUUCACCUUCAUAACCACCUUCAUCUUCAACUUCCUCUUCACCCUCAUCUUCAACUUUAACUUCAUCCUCACCUUCUUCUACAUCUUCAGCUUCAUCUUUAUCUUCAGCUUCAUUAUCACCUUCAGCUUCAUCUUCUUCUUCUUCAUCUUCACCCUUCAGGUCUCCGUGCUGUUGUGCUGCACCACUCGAGCGUCCCUUUCUUCCAGCUCAGACACGAUGACGUUCAACCAACAACUUAAUAACACAAACAGCUCGACUGAAUGGAUGAAACAUUUUAAGUUUGGUAUCUACAUCCCUGUCUUCACAGCGGGACUCCCUCUCAACAUGGCCGCCCUCUGGCAGCUCUUCUUCCGUGUCCGGCGCUGGAACGAAUCCACCGUGUACUUGCUGAACCUCAUCAUAAACGACUGCCUGCUGCUGCUCACGCUGCCCUUCCAGAUGCUGGCGUACGGCCGGCCGUGGACCCUCGGCCCCUCCGCCUGCUCGCUGUUUGAGAUUUUCACCUACGUCAACAUCUACGGGAGCAUCCUGCUGAUCGUGUGUAUCGCCGUGGAUCGCUACAUGGCUCUGCGCUUCCCCUUCCGCCGCCUGCAGUCCCCUCGGAAGGCGGCGAUCGUCUGCGUGCUGAUGUGGGCCGUCAUCUUCGGGUUCAGCUUCCCCGUUUACAGUCUGCACCCCAAAAACCAGAGCGAAUCGUACUGCUUCCAGCACUUCUCCAACCAGACGUGGAACAAGAAGUGGAUCGUGGUGUGUGCCGAGGUGGUGUUCUGCAGCAGCGCGGUGGUGAUGGUCUUCUGCUCCGUGCAGGUGGUUAAAAUCCUGCGUGAAUUACGCCAGCGGAACCCCAACGACAUCAAACUGUGCAACAACAAGAGCAUGAAGAUCGUGUUGAGUAACCUGGUGGUUUUCCUGGUGUGUUUUAUUCCCUAUCACGUGGCCAUGCUGCUUUAUUUCCACUUUAAGAGGAGCGGGGAUCCCGGGAUCCAGGAGCUGCGCUAUUUCGUUCACGCCAGUUUGUGCGUGAGUAACGUGAACUGCCUGGCGGACGGAGUUUGUUAUUAUUUCAUACUGAAGGAGAACCUCCAAACGGCUCACAGGGAGGCCAAAGCUAACCGGCUAACGCAGCAACAGUUUCUCAGCUCGAUACGAGGGAGUAACACCGACAUGGGUGAAAACCCUCCAGCGGACACGGCCAGCAACACCGACGUACAAACCAAACAAAUAAACAUCGAAAAAAUCGUUUACUGA